CGUCCUUUAUGAACAAGUGAUUUCCACGUGUUUUUGUUUGUUUCAUUUUCAUUUUUUUAAAUUACAUUGCCAUCUUAUUGAAAUUCCAUUCUCGUAUUAUCUCUUUUUCAAUUUUUUUGUGUAUCGAAAAUGGCCAAAAGUAUUCGUAGCAAGCAGAAACGAAAAAUGCGUGCAAUUAAACGUGUUCGAUAUGGACAAAAAGAAUUGAAACGUUUGGUUGAAAUGGUACAGAAAUCCGAGCAAAAUGAAAAACAAGCGCAAGAAGAAAUGAAAGCAACUAUUGCAAAAAUAUCACAAAUAGAUGUGGUCGAAAAACAAGAGAAGAAUACCGAUUACAUUUCGAUGGAAACCGAUCAAAAUGAACGUGAUAGGAAAACUUUGCUCAACAAAUUUGGACAAUAUCCAGCCUGGAUGAAUGGACGUCGAUUAAAACGACAGAAAACUUUGGUGAAAAGAUUGAAAAAGAAGAAAUCCAAAAUUUAGAUUUUUGUUUUUUUGUUUAAUAUAAUUCAUUGUUUAUUCAAACAAUAUGAAAAAUAAAAUAUAAAAUAUUCUUAA